AAACAAACAUUUAUCUUAAAUCUACUUUCAAGAUGAUGCCAAUGAUGCAUUUAAGUUCAAGUGACGAAGAUUUGGAAGAAUUGAACGAAUUGUUUGAAGUUCCAAAGAAUGAGAACUUUUGUGAGGAAACUGAGCCCCAAUUCAACGAUCAACAGUUUUUGGGGCAUUUUAGGAUAAGCAGGGAAGUAGCAACCCAAUUAUCAAACAGAUAUGAGGCUUCGCAAUAUUAUCACUACCAAAAAGGUGACUCUGAAAAAAUCAGCCCUUUUAAAACAGUUGUGGCCUUUUUAUGGUAUGCAAGCAAUGAAGCUGCAAGCUUAAGGGAUGUAUCUGACCGGUUUGGGAUUACGAUUAGCUCUCUUCAUAAAAUUGUAAAGAGAUUUACGUAUUUUUUAUCCAAUUUGUCUGCGGAAUUUAUAAAAUGGCCAACUAACGAGGAAAAAAUUGAAAUUGAAAGCCACUUUAGGCAAGACGAAUUUCCUGGCAUUAUUGGCGUCAUUGACGGUACACACAUUGAAAUUGACAAGCCACAGGAUGAUCCAGAUUCAUACCGUAACAGGAAGCACUUUUUUUCGAUCCAUGCACAGGUUGUUUGCGAUCAUAAAAGGUAAACAAGGGAUAUAUUUGUCGGAUACCCAGGAUCCGUACAUGAUAGUCGAGUGUUUCGGACAUCACCAGUAUUUGGAACACUCCAAGAAAAAUGUGAAAACCACUUUAUUAUUGGAGACAGUGGUUACCCUUGUUCAUAAUAUUGCCUAACUCCAUUUCAAGAUAAAGUUCCACCAACUCCAGAAGCACAUAAUGAAGUAAUUGUUGGACAAGCAGGGCGAGAUGCAGGAAAUAAAAAUCAGGAUGAACAAACUGGGAUAACAAAAAGAAAUGAAGUAAUGAAUAGCUUAAAUUUCGUAAUUUAGUAUGUAAUGUGUAUGCAUUUUUAAUAAAAG